CCCAGCCCCGCGCUGCUCCCCGCUCCACUUCGCGGCAACUUCGGCGGCCGCGCGCCGCCAGCCCUCGCCCGCCUUUGAAGUUUGCAGCGCCGACCGCAAAGUUGGGACACUUGGGACACGGUUUCAUUUUUUUUCUCUUUUAUCUGCCUGCGCCCCUGCCCCCCAGGACCGCGGUUCCCGAGCCCGGGUGCUCAGCAUCUCGGCCCGCGCCCCGGAUUUGGACUGUGUCGCACCCCACCUCCAGGGGAGGGAGUCUUUCCUCUUCCCCCGCGGCAAAACAAACGUUUUUAAAGGAUGGUGCCGCUCCACUGGUGUCUGCUGUGGCUGCUCUUACCACUCAGCUCAAGGACCCAGAAGUUACCCACUCGAGACGAGGAGCUUUUUCAGAUGCAGAUCCGGGACAAGGCAUUUUUCCAUGAUUCCUCAGUGAUUCCAGAUGGAGCUGAAAUUAGCAGUUAUCUCUUUAGAGACACACCUAAGAGGUAUUUCUUUGUUGUUGAAGAAGACAAUACUCCACUGUCAGUCACAGUGACUCCCUGCGAUGCACCUUUGGAGUGGAAGCUGACCCUCCAGGAGCUGCCAGAGGAGGCAAGCGGGGAAGGCUCUGGAGACCCAGAGCCUCUGGAGCAGCAGAAGCAGCAGAUCAUAAAUGAGGAGGGCACAGAGCUGUUCUCCUACAAAGGCAAUGACGUGGAGUAUUUCCUGUCUUCCAGCUCGCCGUCUGGUUUGUAUCAGCUGGAGCUGCUCUCAACAGAGAAAGACACUCACUUCAAAGUCUAUGCCACCACCACCCCGGAGUCAGAUCAGCCCUACCCUGAGCUGCCUUAUGACCCAAGAGUAGAUGUCACCUCCCUGGGACGCACGACCAUCACUCUGGCCUGGAAGCCGAGCCCCACGGCGUCUCUGCUGCGACAGCCCAUCCAGUACUGUGUGGUCAUCAACAAGGAGCACAAUUUCAAAAGCCUCUGUGCCGUGGAAGCGAAACUGAGCGCAGAUGACGCUUUCAUGCUGGCACCCAAACCCGGUCUGGACUUCAGCCCCUUCGACUUCGCCCACUUUGGAUUUCCUGUGGACAAUUCAGGGAAGGACCGCAGCUUCCUUGCCAAGCCAGCUCCCAAGCUGGGGCGGCACGUGUACACACGGCCCAAGGUGGACAUUCAGAAAAUCUGCAUUGGAAACAAGAACAUCUUCACCGUGUCGGAUCUGAAACCCGACACGCAGUACUACUUUGACGUCUUCGUGGUCAACAGCAACAGCAACACAAGCACCGCUUACGUGGGCACCUUUGCCAGGACCAAGGAGGAGGCGAAGCAGAAGACGCUGGAGCUUAAAGACGGGAAGGUGACAGAUGUGUUUGUUAAAAGGAAGGGAGCGAAAUUUCUCCGGUUUGCUCCGGUCUCUUCUCAUCAGAAAGUCACCUUCUUCGUUCACUCUUGUCUGGACGCUGUCCAGAUCCAAGUGAGAAGAGACGGGCAGCUCCUCCUGGCUCAGAACGUGGAGGGCAUUCGGCAGUUUCAGCUCAGAGGAAAGCCCAAAGCAAAAUAUCUCAUCCGGCUAAAGGGGAACAAAAAGGGAGCUUCCAUGUUGAAAAUCCUGGCCACCACGAGGCCCACCAAGCAGUCAUUCCCCUCGCUGCCUGAGGACACCAGAAUCAAGGCCUUCGACAAGCUCCGGACCUGCUCGUCGGCCACUGUGGCUUGGCUGGGCACACAGGAAAGGAACAAGUUCUGCAUCUACAAAAAGGAAGUGGACGAGAACUACAACGAAGAUCAGAAGAGGAGAGAACAAAACCAGUGCCUCGGGCCCGAUACCAGGAAGAAAUCGGAGAAGGUGCUCUGUAAAUAUUUCCACAGUCAAAACCUGCAAAAGGCAGUGACCACAGAAACCAUCAAAGGUCUCCAGCCUGGGAAAUCAUACCUGCUGGAUGUUUAUGUCAUAGGACACGGGGGCCACUCCGUGAAGUAUCAGAGUAAAGUCGUGAAAACCCGCAAGUUCUGUUAGUUACCUUGUCUAGAAAUGUAUUACCUAGAACUCCGGACAGACCUUAAAUCACUUUACCUGUAAACUGACUACUCCCACAGCUGCGCGAAGUUGUGAGCUGGACUUGUACGGUGGAAGGAAGGAUAUCAGCUUGUGUAUACGUCAUUGUUGGAGGAGACCUGUCCUUGUGUGCCCCGGUGAUGCCCAGCAUGGGUCUGAGGACAUCUUGAAGGAACUGCCAUCCCUUGCUUUGACCACUGCAUGAACUGCUUCUAAAUUAUUUUAUUACCUAACAAUUUAAAAAUAUGCCAUUCAUUGCACACAUCCACAAAUCCUCUCUAUAGAUGCUAGGAUAUAUAUAAAUUAUUUUAUAAAGUCUUGUCUUAAAUGUCCGUGUUUCUAUGAUUGUAAACUAUUAAAUUCUUUUCCUGUUAAAAAAACAGAUCUAAUCUUAAGUAUAUGAAGUGGACAGCCCUCUAGUCAGUUAUAUUGCUAUUGUAAAUUCUUAUCUGUUGAGUAAAAUGUUUAAAUACUGUAUGUAUCUCAUGUACAAAGUUGCCAUACAUUAUAUUCGUGUACAUAAAAUUAAAGAUAUUAGAUUAUAUACUGUU